UGCCAGGAAGCAGUUUAAGCUACUAGGCUGCUAUAAUGCUUCAUUGGAAGACCUGGAUUUGCCAACAUUCAUUAGGGUGUGUGCUCCCAGAAAUGCUACCGCAUGUUCAUCAUCGAGACGGUUUGUGUGGGCUGGUUCUCGCUGGAAUUUCUGCUACGGUUCGUGCAGGCGCACAGCAAGCUGGAGUUCCUCCGUGGACCCUUGAACAUCAUUGAUGCCAUGGCCAUCCUGCCCUACUAUGUGUCUCUGAUAGUGGAUGAGAACCCCACCAGUGAACAUGAGCGACCCUCUGGAGGUAAGGGCUACCUGGAUAAGCUUGGGUUGGUACUGCGAAUCCUACGUGCCCUUCGUAUCCUGUACGUCAUGCGGCUUGCCCGCCACUCUCUGGGCUUGCAGACGCUGGGGUUGACGGUGCGGCGAAGUAUGCGCGAGUUCGGCCUGCUGCUGCUCUUUCUCUGCGUAGCCGUGACACUUUUUUCGCCUCUGGUGCACCUGGCGGAGAGCGAGCUGACCGGAGUGCAGGAUUUCAGCAGCAUUCCCGCCUCUUACUGGUGGGCGAUCAUCUCCAUGACUACAGUGGGUUAUGGGGACAUGGUACCCAGGAGCAUACCCGGUCAGGUGGUGGCUCUCAGUAGCAUCCUGAGUGGGAUCCUAAUCAUGGCCUUCCCGGCCACUUCCAUUUUCCACAUGUUUUCCCGCUCCUACCAGGAGCUGAAACAGGAGCACGACAGGCUCUUUAAAGAGGAGUGUGCGGCAGCCGCAGCUGCUACCACAGGACCUGAGGAUGAGCAGGACAGAGGAUGGGUGGCCUUUCCUCCUCCCAGACUAGUUCUUACUCCAGACACAGAGACGCCAGGCUCCUUUGAAGACCUUUCUCUUCUUGGGAAUGGUGGAGAGACUUCUGGGAAGAACAAGCACCCGUUACCAGCUGGAGCCUUUUAAGUGAUGCACAUGCGUUGUACUCUUCUCUAGAUCAAACUUGAUCUUCCAUGCCCUCAUACUGAACCCUCUUGCAGUGGACAGGGUGAAUUUUCAUAGACGGCUCUGUCUAAAAAGUUUAAAGGUCCUUGAAGCUAUUUUGUCUUCCGUCAGCCACAAGCUAAUCAUGUCUCAUUAAAGUACUAAUUCUUUCAUAUUCACACUGUGGACAGAUUUAGCACUCCAUGAAAAUCCAUACUAUAGAAAUAAAAAAUAAAGCUACAUAGUUUAACUUUAAAGCCUUGUUCCACACCGUUAGACAUACAGCUGAGAAUUUUAGGUUCCUCAAAUUGACUGUCUACAUUUUUUAACAAAUCCAAAGAUGUAUUUAUUGGUUGACUGUUUAAGGUUCAAGAAUUGCUCUUCCAGAAAACUUUCACAUAUCAUUUCCUGUGCCAGUUUGGGACAGACAUGCUCUUGUACAGGUCAAAAUAAA